AUGAGCAGGCACAAAUAUGUUUUGGACGCCAACAGCGUCAUCAAGUGUAAAGAUCUACUGUUCACAAGCUACGACUGCUACGUUACAGAAGGAGUUAUAAAAGAAAUCAAAGAUGAGCACUCGAGGAGGAGACUCAACAACAUCAUGCCGCUGCUAACCGUUGCGCAGGCGGAAGAGAGGGAUGUGAAUUUUGUAAAAUAUUUUUCCAAAUUGACUGGGGAUUACGACUCACUGAGUGAGGUAGACAUCGACGUCAUUGCGCUGACUUAUAUGCUGCACCGUUUGCAUGGAGAUGUGUCCAAGCUGAAUGCCGCCCCCAUGGAGACUAUUUAUAAGUACAACGAAGUUGAGUUUGAUUAUUUGGGGAAGAGGAGGCGCGGACGGAAAGAGUGGGAAGUACCAGCUGGGGAAGGGGAAGUAGCCACGGGGGAGGGCGAUGAAACCACUGCGAGUAGCGCGCAGCCGGAAGAGACGAACCGACGUGUGGACGAUUUGAAGCGGGAAGAUGGCGGCGCGGGGGGGUACGACAUGCUAGACGGGAGUGACGCGGAUGCGGUUAGAAGUAUACAUGAAAGUGAUGCAGAAGCGGGUGGAAGUAUACACGAAAGUGAUGCAGAAGCGGGUGGAAGCAUACAUCAAAGUGACGAAGACGCGGAUGGAAGUAUACACGAAAGUGAUGCAGAAGCGAGUGGAAGCAUACACCAAAGUGACGAAGACGCGGGUGGAAGUAUACACCAAAGUAACUCCGACUCCGAUGCCGACUCGGAUGGAACCCUUCAUGGAGAUGGCUCAUCCCAAGCGCGGAGACGAAUACGCGGGUGCGAAGUGAUAAGAGAGGAAGUCGUACAAGUGGGGGAGGACGAAGAAGAGGGCGGUCAAUGGAUAAACAUAAACAAUUACCACACACAAAAUGUGGACGUAAACAAGGAGGAAACAUUCACCGCAAAAGUAGCAUGCGUAACGACAGAUUAUGCCAUGCAAAAUGUUAUGUAUCAGAUGGGAUUAAAUGUAAUCACAAUGGAUGGAUUCCAAAUAAAUUCAAUAAAAUUGUGGGGACAUAUAUGCACCUCAUGCUACACAUUUAUAAAAAAAACUUCUCUUCUCUUCUGCUCCAAGUGUGGAAAUAAUAACUUGAGAAAAGUAAAUGUCGUGGUAGAUAAUAAUCUAAAAAAGCUAGUCGUGAAAAUCCCCCAAUUCAGGGUUAAUAUAAAAAACACCAUUUAUAGUAUUCCGAAAAAGAAAAAUUCCUCCAAGAACAAAUUUCAAGAUAAGUUACAAAUAUUUAGGGAAGAUGAAUUGCUCAUCGGGGGGAGAAAACAAUUCCUAACACAUCAGAAAAAGCUUUACGAAUCUCAGAAGAGUAAAAAGGACCCCUUCAGUGGAGACAACCUGCAUGAUGGCUAUGCGAAUGACUGGACCUACAGGACGACUUUGAAAAAUGGGAAGGUUGCCAUUUUGGCCAACCCGAAAAUUGUCGUGGGUACUGUACUCCAGCCUGGGCAAAAGAGUGAGACCCCAUCUCAAAGAAAAAAAAAAAAAAAAAAAGAAAACAACUGGGCCCAAGAUUUAUCAUCACAAUGUGUUUUAUACCCCUGGUUGGUCUCUUCCCUCAAUUUGAAUUUACGAAACGACGGGAGAAGGGUCACCUUUAUGUGCGCCCAUCUUCGGGUGAACCUUUAA